UCUUAGCUCAGCUCUUGCACUCCAGGGCUGUACACUUGCUGCACACUGACCACAGGGGUUGCUCACAGCUGAUCUGCACUCCAGAAACAAGAUGGAGAGGUGCCACUUGGUUGUGUUUCUGCUCUGUGGCGUCUUCGUGUCAAGAGUCUUCAGCGUUACGUACAAGAAUUUUUCAAUAGAUUGUGGAACUCUGUUGCCCGACGACCCAACUCAGCCUCAGGAAUCUGAAUUGCCCUAUUCCAUUUCUGUGCCAUCGGAGGUGUACGACCCAGGAAGUGAAAUGAAAGUCGACAUACAAGGAGCAUCAGGGUUUAAAUGGUUUAUGCUACAAGCCCGAGACGUUGAUAAGAACAUCCCCGUUGGUUCGUUUCAAGUCACAGAUCCAAAUACACAGACCCAUGACUGUUACAAUAUGACGAAUUCAGCAUUAAUUCACAAGGGCUCAGAAGAGAAGCACAACAUAUCAUCUCUUUGGGUUUCACCUGAUGCUAAAAAGGUUCAGUUUAUAGCGACUGUUUUUCAAGAUGCUGAAACGUACUGGCUGGUUCCUAGCAUAGUCCUGUUUCCUAAGCUUUCCAAUGAGACAAAAGUUGAAGAUGAGACUAAAAAAGCCAAUGUAUCGCCAAAAAGUAGGAAGAAGUCAGCUUCCGUUACCAUAAAAAUAGACUGUGGACCGGGAGGAGCUCAUGUAGGCAGCAGCAAGUGUGCCCAGGGUUCAACGUUUGGUAGCAAUCAAGGCCAGGGAGUUAUAGUGUACCAAGGAGGUGUCAAGAAAGGCGGUGGAUGCCUUGCGGGUGCCACUGCUAGUAUCUACAACAAAUUUGGCUGCUACGAUCCUGGUGUAAGCUAUGGUAGCGGCACUUCCUACGGACAGUCCGUUUCAACAGUUUCAAACCAAGGGAAGGUCAUAGUGUAUGCUCCGAGCCAGCCCUACCCACCCGAACGCAACACUUACUCGUCGCAACUUGCCAACUCUAAAUACAAACACAUUCAGAGCACUAUAUAUGGGGACAAAAUCAAGGCCCAGGGCUCAAAACCCCAAGACGACAUCCGAAUAACCAUCCAGAGUGGACGACCUGGGCACGUUUGUGAUAAGACCUCAUCCUCCUACAACAGCCAAGCCUGCAAAACGCUGAGUGGAUCCUCUACUUCAGUUGGUGGCAGUGGAGUCUCUGUGACAUUUGGCGGCAGUGGAUCUCCCGGCUCAGUUGGUGGCGGCAGAUACCCUAACUCAGCUGGCGGCAGUGGAUCCUCGACUUCAGUUGGCAACGGUGGGGUCUCUGUUACUUUUGGAGGCAGUGGAUCUCCUGGUUCUGUUGCUGGCAGUGGAUCCUCAAGUUCGGUUGUGGGCAGCGGAUCCCCUUCUAAAGCUGGAGGUAUCAUCUGCGGCCAGGGCUAUACAACUGAUGGCAAUCCUUGCAAACCGGGUGGAUCAACAUCUCAGCAAAGUUCUGGAAGUAUCCAGGGUGGAUCAUCAUCCCAGCAAACUUAUGGAAGUUCCCAGGGUGGAUCAUCAUCUCAACAAUCUUAUGGAAGUAGCCAGGGUGGAUCAUCAAACCAACAAACUUACGGGAGUAGCCAGGGCGGCUCAUCGUCCCAGCAAACUGGAAGCAAACAGGGUGGUUCAUAUUCUCAAGGAAGCAACAAUAAUCCUUGUGGACUGGAUGGUUAUACCGGUAAAAUAACCAGCAGUAGCAACUGUCAACAGCCCGGACAAAGUGGAUCAUUUGGUGGUGGCAGCGGCAGCAGCAGCGGCGGCAGCAGCAGCAGCCAAUAUGGACAGGUUGGUUCAUAUGGCAGCAGCAACAGCCAAUAUGGACAGAGUGGAUCAUACGGUGGCGGCAGCAACCAAUUUGGACAGAGUGGAUCGUACGGUGGUGGCAGCAACCAAUUUGGACAGAGUGGCUCAUAUGGCAGCGGCAACAAAUUUGGACAGAGUGGAUCAUACGGUGGUGGCAGCAACCAAUUUGGACAGAGUGGCUCAUACGGCAGCGGCAACAAAUUUGGACAGAGUGGCUCAUAUGGCAGCAGCAACCAAUUUGGACAGGGUGGGUCAUACGGUGGUGGCAGCAGCCAAUUUGGACAGGGUGGAUCAUACGGCAGUAGCAGCAGCAGCAGCAGUAGUACCCAAUAUGGAAAGGGUGGAUCAUUUGGUGGUGGCAGCAGUCAGUAUGGACAGGGACCGCAGACUGGUGGACGUUACAGCAAUGUCAUUUGCGAUCAGGGUGAUGCCUCUACUUAUGGAGGAAAAGCUGUGAGCUCAGCAAACUGCAGAGGCAAAAGGGACAUAGCAGCUCAAGAUGCAUUCAAAGCUUUCAUCAGAAAGAUUCAGGAAAAAAGAGCCCUUCCUGUAAUCAGAAAGGCACGGAGUGUGCAAAGUGCUCUCACCAGAAAGACUCGAAGUGAAAAAGUUCGCGCUCUGAUCAGAGCAGCUCGGAGUGAAAAAAAUGAAACCUCUAAUCCACCAAGUAUCAAUACCUAUGGCCAGGGCGAAAGCUUUUAUAAUAAUGAAAACCAUAAUGUACAGGAUGGAUCAUUUGCGGCUUAUGGCAAUAGGCAGGGAGAAUGUUUUUGCCCUGGUGCACAGGGUGGUGGAUCGUAUGGCAGUAGUGGCAGUCAAUAUGGACAGGGUGGAUCAUAUGGUGGUGGCAGCCAGGGUGGACGUUUUGGAUAUGGCAGCAGCAGCCAAUAUGGACAGGGUGGAUCAUACGGCAGCAGCAACCAAUAUGGACAGGGUGGAUCAUAUGGUUAUGGUCAUCCAUAUGGACAGAGUGGAUCAUACGGUAGUAGCAGUCAAUAUGGACAGGGUGGACAAAGUGGAUCAUAUGGGAGCAGCAGCCAAUAUGGACAGGGUGGAUCAUACGGCGGCGGCAGCAGCGGACAGGGUGGAUCAUAUGGCAGCAGCAGCAGCGGACAGGGUGGAUCUUACGGUGGUGGCAGCAGUCAAUAUGGACAGGGUGGCUCAUACGGUGGUAGCAGCAACCAGUAUGGGCAGAGCGGACCAUAUGGCGGCGGCAGCGGCAGCCAGUAUGGGCAGGGUGGAUCGUACGGCAGUGGCAGCCAAUAUGGAAAGAACAUCUCUUCCUCAGGAGGCAGUCAGUCUGGUGGGAAGAACUCAACUUCUUCGGGAGGCAGCCAGUCUAUUGGACAGGGGUCCUCAGGAGGAAGCCAAUCUGGACAGGGCUCAUCAUACUCUGGAGGCAACCAGCCUGGUGCACAGGGUUCAGCAUCCCCUUCAGGAAGCCAGCAGGGUCGUCCGGGCUCAUCAUACUCUGGAGGCAGCCAGCCUGGUGCACAGCCUGGGUGUUAUUGUCCAGGUGGAAUGAGGGGUUCUCAGUCAGGAAGUGGUCAGUAUGGCGGCAGCCAAGGCGGCCAAUAUGGCGGUUGGCAAGGAAACCAAUAUGGCGGCAAAAAUCAAUAUGGUGGUGGACGAUACGGACAAGGUUACCCCUAUGGAAGUAGCCAAUAUGGUGGCGGACGGCUAGGCAACCAAUAUGGUGGAUAUGGUUCACCAUACGGAAGUAGGCCAUAUGGUUCCAACAAGGGUUUUCAGAGCCAUCAGUCUCCUAACUCUGGCCCUUCUGGGAAACAACCCAUCUUCAGCCUGAUACUUUUCAGUGUUCUGGCACCUCUGCUGUCUCUUAUUCGGGGGUGAUCUAAACUUCUGAAGCCAUACCAAUGAGGAAGACUGCCUUCUUCAACAGAAUACUACUUUCUAUGCGAAACGAUUGAGUCGAAUUUAUGGACUGAUAAAACAUUUAUUCCUCCCCAUCCCUGGGUUAACAAUGCAAUAGGUCAUGAGACUGACUUGUCUUAUCUCUUUUAUUUUCAUAGCAGAGCUUCAUAUGCAUCGUAUGAAGCAGGGAUAUUAAUUGCAAGAAAUAAGAUGUUUUAUUUGCUUCUUGAGAUGUAAUGAAUGCUUCCUCUGCAUUUGCUCUAAACAGGAUUCUAUUCAUUCUAAAGAAUUUGGGAGUUAUAGGUGACAAUCCAUUUAGUAAUAAUAGUAAUAAUAAUAAUUUUAUUAUUUAUACCCCGCCCAUCUGGCUGGGUUUCCCCAGCCACCCUGGGCAGCUUACAGCACAUAAAAAAAUUGUAAAACAUUAGGGAUUAAAAAUUUCCCGAUACAGAGUUGCCUACAAUAGGCUAGACCAGGCAUCCCCAAACUGCGGCCCUCCAGAUGUUU